GCUCGUGAGGCCGUAGAGAUGCGUGCCCAGGUGGAGAGGAAGAUGGCUCAGAAAGAAAAGGAGAAACAUGAAGAAAAGCUGCGAGAAAUGGCUCAGAAAGCCAGGGAGAGAAGAGCAGGGAUCAAAACUCAUGUUGAAAAAGAGGAUGGAGAAGCCAGAGAAAGAGAUGAAAUCAGACAUGACCGGCGCAAAGAGAGGCAGCAUGACAGAAAUCUUUCCAGGGCAGCGCCUGACAAAAGGUCAAAGCUGCAGAGAAACGAGAACAGAGAUAUCAGUGAAGUGAUUGCCCUAGGGGUACCCAAUCCCAGGCCAUCCAACGAAAUCCAGUACGACCAGAGGCUGUUCAACCAGAGCAAGGGCAUGGACAGUGGCUUUGCUGGAGGAGAAGACGAAAUUUACAAUGUUUAUGACCAGCCCUGGAGAAGUGGCAAGGAUAUGGCCCAAAACAUCUACAGGCCAAGUAAAAAUGUGGAUAAGGACAUGUAUGGAGAUGAUCUGGAGGCUCGAAUAAAGACCAAUAGGUUUGUUCCUGACAAAGAGUUUUCGAACUCGGAUCGUAACACGAGAGGGAGGGGCAGAGAUGGACCAGUUCAAUUUGAGGAGGAUCCUUUCGGUUUGGACAAGUUUCUGGAAGAAGCUAAGCAACACGGUGGUUCUAAAAGGCCAUCGGAUAGCAGCCGCCCUAAAGAACAUGAGCACGAGAGCAAAAAGAGGAGGAAGGACUGAGCACCUCUGCUCCCUCUGAGGUAGAGACUGUGAGCUCAGACUGCACGCAGAAGGCAUUUUUAAUACCGGGGGUUUGUAGGGGGGUGGCAUUCAAAUGCAGGUCACAACUUGUGCAGGUAU